AUGCAUCUUGCCAGGUUUGCCAUCGUAGAAACUGACAUCAAGCAUGAAGUUAGUGCGGACGAUUCAUCUAGACAGUUGCGUUCCACCUCUGAACUCCCUGAUCCUCAAGAUGUUGAAACCAGCUGCAGUGAAACGCUUCCAUGGCCAGAAUCUCUCUGCAUUAGUACCAGUUCUUCUCCGGAUGCAGCAAGAGCUGCUGAUGCAGUGUCUUCUGAUGAUUGCCCUGCGACUCCAGACUCGCUCAGUAAUGACCAGCACGAUUCAGACAAAGCAAGUUUCACAGAGCAGGUGAUGGAUGUUCGGACAGAAAUGUGCACCAAUGGAGAGAUCCAUCAAGUUCCUAAAUCACAGGAUCUUCAGAACAAAGCUGACAGACCCAAUAAACCACGGGCUGCAACCAUUCGUGUGAGCAGGAAGAAGCAGACGUUAUCAGGGCAGCGCCAGAGAGCCGACGUGUCUCGCAGUGAGUGUGCGGUGGCACAAUCCAGCUGGCUCGACGUAUGGAAGGGACGCAAGCACAAUGUUCUGUGGGCCACUCUAGAUGGACAUGCCAUGUCACUGUGGAAAAAGCGCACAGACAAAUUCACAGAAUAUAUUUUUCAUGCGAUUACAGUCAUGCAGCAAAUUACAUGCAGCACCUUUAAAGCUGAGACUGUGCGGCAGAGCUGGUUGAUGUCUCUCUACGCCAUUCGUGGAAGGGAACCGAUCACUGCACCCAAACAACACGGACCGCUGAUCAUGAAAGACCCACGGAAAAAGGUGUACACUGCUAUCCGUGGAUACUCCCUUUGGAUUUACAGCAGCAAAGAGUCGUGGAGUAACCUGAUGGGUUUGUUCAGUUUCUCUGCAGACUCUGCUAAGGAGAUGGCUGUGUGGCUGGAGCGUCUGAAUGAAGUGAUCCGCAGCGCUCUGUCCUACAGCGAGGUGGCUCAUCGACUCUGGUCGAGUCCCUGUAAUAAAGUUUGCGCUGACUGUGGCGCUGCCAACCCGGAGUGGGCGUCAGUGAACCUGCUGGUGGUCAUCUGUGAGGCCUGCGCAGGCGCACAUCGAUCCAUGAGCAGUAACAGGUCCAAAGUGCGAGGUCUCAAACUGGACAAUAAGGUUUGGACAGAGCCUUUAAUUCAGUUGUUUGUGCUGUAUGGCAAUAAAGCUGCCAGCAGUGUUUGGGGUCACAGCAUCCCUCCGACGGAGCAGAUCGUCCCAGACGUCUCUCCAGAUCAGAGGCUGGAGUUUAUCCUCGCCAAAUACCGCAAAGGACUGUACCGGAAAGCUCACCCGCUCGCCACCAGCCAGACACUGCUUGACCAGAGGCUACGGGAGGUGGUUUGUGGUCCUAAUGUGGAGGAGACGCUGUCUCUGCUGUGCUCUGGAGCCAGAGUUUCAUGCAGCACCACAAAUCCUGAGCUUCAGUCUGCCAUCAGCGAGGCCGAGAGCGCUGGACAAGCCCUGCAGACCGAGCUACUCCGACAUAAUGAGUUUGUGGAGGCACCUGACUUUGAGCAAACAAGACAUUCGGAGGAGCAGAUAGAAGAGCUCCAUGGAAAGCUGGAUGAGGAGCGUUUCUUGUUCUCGCAGGAGAACGAGUCUGCGGCCUGUGAUGUGCUGGAUCUGACAGAGGUCAUCUCAGUGUUCGACUGCUCUGCGGGGCAAACCCAUGGGUUUGAGGUGCUAUCGCUGACAGACAGACUGAUCUGCUGGGCAGACGGACGAGACGCUCUCCUCAGUCACAUGCUGCAUAUCAUGAAGAUUGUGCUGGCGGGUGCCGUCGCGGAUGAGGAUCUGCUGGGGGUCUGUGCCGUGUCCAGAGCGUUCAUACGGGAGGGUGCAGCGCUGCAGUGUGCAGAAGUGUGGUGCACCCUUCAGGACGGAGAGAUGAGCAUUCACACAAAGCACGGAUGCGCAGACACAGUGACUCUGGACAGUCAGACACGCUGCCAUCUGCAGCGCUCAGAGAACUGCAUCCUGCUGGAGUUUCCUGAAAGGACGUUGCAUAUGCAGUUUGAGCUGGAGCACAGCUGUCUGCAGUGGCAUGAGCUCGUGCAGAAGGCCAUGUGCUCGAGCACAGAUGCACAGCAGCGCUCAGGAUCUGUGCCCUGCUCUGUAGACAGGUGCAUCUCUCACAUCACACAGUACGGGUUGAAGGUGGAAGGUUUGUAUCGGCGCUGUGGAGUCGCUCCUCAGAUCAGUAAGCUGGUCGAUGCUCUGAGCGUUUCUCCCAGAGGAACGCUUCUGGAAACAGACGAGCUCUCCAUCCUGGACAUUUCAGGAGCUCUGAAACAGAUCCUGCGGCAGAGCUUUGAGAUCAUACCGAACGCACACAGACCGCACUGGCUGAAAGCUGCAGGUACGUCUGUUCUCAGCCAUCAUUACUCUAUAAAACACAGCUUUGCAUUGCACAUCAAGAUCUAUUCACUGGUUCUAUCUGUUUGCUCUCUAAAGUCGCUGCUUGUGUGCUAA